GAUGUAAAACAACCGUCAGCGCAAACUUAUUACAAUUCAUGAACCAAGCCUUCGCCAUAGUAACAUUCCUAAUUUUGCUUCCCUGAUCCUUAUCAAAACACAGACGGAACAUCAGCCGGACCUGCGGCCCAUUGCCAAACAGCAGUGUACACGGGGCAGGGAGCAUUCGCACUGGAUUCGGCCUGUGCGACCGGAGACUCGGGUCAAUAUUCACAUAUCGGUCCUCCUGGUUUGAAGCGAAUGUUUUAAUAUCUCUCCGAGUGAGUUGUCGAAGUCAUUGGAGAGGAUGGCAGAGGGAGGUUUUGACCCCUGUGAGUGCAUUUGCUCUCAUGAACAUGCCAUGAGGAGACUUAUCAACCUGCUGAGACAGUCCCAGUCCUACUGUACAGACACAGAGUGCCUUCAGGAGAUACCAGGCCCCACCUCCUCAGUAGAAGGGGACAUCACUCUACCCAUGAUUAUUAUGGGAUGGAUAGUUCUAGCUCUCGUGAUCUUUCUGUUCCGCCCAGCCAGCUUGAGGGGCUCUUCAACCAGUGGCAAGCCCUCCAGUCCCCAUGGCAAUCAUGGCAGAGAGCCACCAGCACCUCCAGUGGACUAGAACCCUACACAAAAGAUUUGAUUUUUUUUAAAUCCAGCUUCCACCUGAUCAGCUAUGUGACCAGUGUAACUUGUUACUUUCCUUAAUCAUCCGUCAGUAUUUCUGAUUCCAGAUUGUUUAGUCCUAUAUUGAGAGGGUGAUCUACACAGACUAUUGAAUAACAAGGUGUUUCUACAAUGCGAGCUGCUUUUCAAAGUGUAGCUAAAAGUGGUGAAUUGUUAGUCUGAUGAUUUUCAGGUUUAUAUAUCUCGGUCUUCAAUUUCUUAAUUCUUCUGUUUUUAUUAUAAAGCCUUAUUAGGUAUUUAGCAAGUUAAAAUAACAUAUAUGCUUAUGUAAUGACACUUAGAUCAGACUGCAUAUAAAUUGCAAUCUAGAGUAAGGGUUACCUAGUUUUCGUGUGUCAUUGAGAGAUUUGGGUUAUUUUCAAGUAGACUGAGGUGGAGAGAAUAAUAUUUCUUGUCCUUUGGUUGCUUAUACAUUCCAAAGCUAUGAUGAGACAUGAUGUCAUUGGUCCAUGUGGGAGCAUGAGCCUUGACUCUGCAUCAGGUCAUUCUGAAUACAGAUGUACUUGAAAUGAUUCACACAUUUGAGGUGGACAAAGACUACUUCUUAAAUUUCAAAAAAAUUGUGCAAGAGGAAAUAAUGAAAUGAGAGUAUUUCCGUAUUUACUGGGCACUUAUUUCUGUAGUCAUGGCUGUGUGAAUGUUUGGGUGUUUGGGAAUGGUCUGAGAUCUGAUCUAAAACAGACAUCUCCACCCUGAAGACUAUGACACUAUCAUUCAUGUAUAAAAACCAUUAGUGCAACUGCUAGUAUAGACUGUUAAAUGCCAAUCUGAACAGAGUUUUGUUAUGUUUGCUCCGGAAUUAUUAUGUUGCUAUACUUUCUAGAAUAGUAAACGAGAUGGGAAAUCUUCCAAAUUUCAGUGAUGAAAAUCUAAAAACAAUUUCAUCAUUCAAAAUAAGAUUUAAAUAUGUUACUUUGGAAUUUUGGUAAUAUUUGUGAAGAGCAUAAGCUUAAAGGCUAACUAGCACUUUGGUUUUGCCACCUUUGCGUUUGUGUACACAAGGCGAAGCUCCAGAAAACACCAAAGAUAAUGUUAAUCUCGAUUUCAAGUGUGGUUGAACUUCUUGUGAAACUUCCUUGUCUGUUCAAUUCUGUGAAAAAUGAAAAUGUUAGAAUGGCUUAUUGGCACAAAAGUCUGUUUGAGUAAUUGGACGGACUAAUGAUUUCUGGAAGGUUCUGUUAAGGUGGUGGUGUGGAUUUCAGGGCAUGUAAAUUGAAUUCUGUCUAUGUACACUGUUCUAAUGAAACUGCUCUAAUGAAAGGGCUUGAUCUAUGCACUUUUGGAUACUUACAAAUAAAUAUAAGCAAUAGCAUCA